AUUUAGGCUGCUAUGGUAAAAACCAGUUGAUUUUAGCGCUUGUCCUUUUUAAAAGAACGGUCCCUUGUCAAAUACCAGUAGGCUAGAGGUUACUAUAAUACUUAAAAUUCAAACCUUGAACUGCACUCUAAUAUAAAUUAAUGGGCUGUGUAAUACGGAAAUUUGGAAGCGGUUAAAGAAAAAUGGUGAAGCCAAUCUUGAUGCCUCCGCCGGGGCAGAGCCUGCCUCCCGAUGUUACCCAAUUGAUCGAGCAGCUUGAGAGGCACUGCCUCGCUCCUGAUGGAUCCCUCAUUGCCAAAUCCGCUUACUACGAUCUUCAGCUGGCCCGUGAGGAGAUGGCGAGAGAGAGGCUUCGUUACUUGGAAGCAAUGGCUGUAUAUUGCGAAGCCGUGGCAAUGGUAGAAGAAUAUCAACAAGCGGUGUCGGUGGCAACAGGUCUCGGAGGAAUUCGAGAUCUUCAAACGCUGUUUUCUCAGUUGGGUUUAAGAAGCUCUCCACAGGUAUAUGAAGCUUUAGAACAACGGCUGGUUGUUGCAGAGGCUGCUCAACGACUCAGGCUUCCUCUUCUUUCUAAGGAUGGUGAAAUUCCAGAGGAGGAAAUAGAGAAAUUAAGUAUAAUUUCUAGGAGCUCUCUUGACAGCACCAUUACUAGCAUGACCAGCAGCUCCAGUUCUAACUCAACUGCCAGUACAAGUGUAAAUAGUGUUGGGGGUGGGCUUAAUAGUAACAUAUUGGGAGCUAAUAGUUCUGAUAUUCAGGAGCCAGGUGUUGGAGGGGUUGCUAAUCGUUUUCUUGGAGUAACUCCUGGCUGGUUACGACAAAUUCAUCUUCCUCGAGCACAUUUUACAGAGGAUGGCACUGGCUAUCAGAUGUCUCUCAUUCUUGAGAUUGAGUCACGUUUGAAAGCUAAAUGUGACAAACUUUCUGAAGCAUUUCAGAUGGAUGAAACAGAUACAAAUGGAGCCGAUUCUGCUCAGAAUUUACGACUUCCAGAAAGAGUGAAGUCAGCUGUUGAAGAGAUUGAACGGGAGGAGGCAGCACUGCUGGAGGACCUAUAUUUGGCUGACAGAAAAUUCUCAGAAUAUUACAAUGUUUUAGAGCAAAUACUUGGAGUGCUAAUUAAACUGGUCAAAGAUUUCAAGCUGCAGCAUCAGCAUCAAUAUGAUGAACUGAGGAAAGCUUGGCUUUGCAAGAGGUGUGAGACAAUGAAUGCCAAACUAAGGGUUCUAGAACAUCUCCUUUUGCGUGACACUUAUACUCAAGAAGCAGUACCUGCACUUCAUAAAAUUAGGAAUUAUUUGCUUGAGGCAACUGAGGAGGCAUCUGCAGCUUAUAACAAAGCUGUGACACGGCUUCGUGAAUAUCAGGGAGUGGAUCCUCACUUUGAUGACAUUGCAAGGCGGUACCAUGAUCUAGUAAAGAAGUUGGAGGGAAUCCAGUGGACCAUCCGUCAAGUGGAAAUGGAUUUAAAUAAUCCUAGUGACCACUCAACAUUAUAGAUGAUCCUAAAAUAUGCUUUUACUGGCUUGAUUUUGGAAGUCAAUACGGCAAAUUUAUUGUUUGCAUCAUUAUUGUUUCAUAGUUCACUAGUAGUGAAGAUUUUUGUAUGUUGGCAAUAGACAAGAGUUAAGGACUGUUAACCAUGUCUGAGCAGAAAUGUAUCAGCACUCAUUGAUCUGAUAGUGAAACAAAUUGUAUAUUAACAUUCUGUUUCUGUUCAAUCUUUCCUCCUAAUAACAUAAGGUGCCAUAUUUUGAGAAAA